UUUGGCCAGGAGGCGGGGUCUUCUAACUUUCCUUUUUUUUUCUGUUUGAAUCAACAAGUUGCCUGCACACAGAAACACGCAGUACAAACUCCAGCAGACCUCACAGCCGCAGGGUGUCACCGAGUCUCCAGAACCUUAACAGAAGCUCUUCAACGAGAAUGUGACAUUUGGAUCUCACGGACACCCCAGCCACAAUGGACGGAGGAGAAUAACUCGUUUUAAAUAAGAUAGUUUAUUUUAAAAACAAAUUGUGUUAUUUUUUUUAUAUGAAUAACAGGUGAAGAUAAGGGGUUAUUGGUGGUCAUUUUUUUCUAUUUUCGUUUUAUUUUUUAUUUUUAUUGAAGCUGAACGCUCGCGCCGUAAACCAUGGCUCUCUCGAGGUUCAGCAAAAUGUUCCGUAUCGACACGAAAAAGAAGGGAAAGCAGUACGAGCACGUCAACCGGGACGUGAACCCCAACGACAUGUGGGAAAUAGUCGGGGAGCUGGGCGACGGCGCGUUUGGGAAAGUCUACAAGGCCAAAAACAAGGAGACAGGAGUUCUGGCUGCUGCCAAAGUGAUUGAGACAAAAAGUGAGGAGGAGCUGGAGGACUACAUGGUUGAAAUCGACAUCCUGGCCAAAUGUGACCACGAAUAUAUUGUGAAACUGCUUGAUGCAUUCUACUAUGACAACAAACUCUCGAUCAUGAUCGAGUUCUGCCCUGGAGGUGCAAUGGAUGCCAACAUGCUGGAGUUGGAUCGUGGGCUGACGGAGCCGCAGAUUAGGGUGGUUUGUCGCCAGAUGUUGGAGGCCUUGGUCUACCUUCACAGCAUGAAAAUCAUUCACAGAGACCUGAAGGCCGGGAAUAUCCUCCUCACGCUGGAUGGAACGAUCAAACUGGCUGAUUUUGGUGUUUCUGCAAAAAACAGCAAAACGUUGCAGAGAAGAGAUUCUUUCAUUGGAACUCCAUACUGGAUGGCUCCCGAGGUGGUGAUGUGCGAGACGAUGAAGGACACCCCAUAUGACUACAAAGCCGACAUCUGGUCUCUUGGAAUCACUCUGAUUGAACUGGCUCAGAUUGAACCCCCACAUCAUGAGCUUAAUCCCAUGAGGGUGAUGCUGAAGAUUGCCAAAUCUGAACCCCCGACUCUGGAUGAGCCUUACAAAUGGUCGAAUGAUUUUAAGGAUUUCUUGAGGAGUGCGUUGGAUAAAAACCAAGAGACUCGUCCGACUGCAGCCCAACUUCUGGAGCACCCUUUCGUGAGAUCCGUGACCUCAAAUCGACCACUGAAGGAGCUGGUGGCCGAGGCCAAGGCGGAGGUCAUGGAUGAAAUCGAAGACAAUCGGGAGGAAGGAGAGGACGAAGACACAAUGGAGCUCAUUGAGUCUCCAGGUAAGGAGCAGUGCCAGACGAGUCAGACCAGUUUGGAGGUGGAGGCCUCUGCAGACACCCCGAGUCCCACCAUGCCGUCUCCAUCGUCCCCAGUGCCUUUACCAAGAACCGGGCCCCGGCCUGAUUCACUAACAGGAGAGCUGGCAGGCUCAGUCGUGGUGGCGCCUGUUCCUCUGCCGCGACAGAAUCCUCCAAGAGAUCCGCAUGAGUUGGCAAGUAAGCUUGCUGAGGAGCUCAAACUAAGUUCAGAGAAAUCCGAGAGCGAAGCCUCUUCCAAGACUUCCAGCUCCGACUCUGGUAUCGAGGAUGGGAAGAGUACGCCCACACCAGAGGAAGACAAGAUCGGCAUGGGAACGCUGGAAAGUCGAAAGCGGCCCUCCCUCUCGGAAUCUGAGGGAGGGGCUGACCAUAGUAGCAUGAGCUCUGACAUCCACAUGAUCAGGGAUCAAAUCCGCAGCGAGGAAAACGGGAGAUCGCCAAAGCAAACCUCACGAUCAAGCGCCCUGCCUGAGCCCGCCCACACAUCCUCCCGUGGUGUCAGCCCAGAACCCAUGUCCCAUUCUAACGGCAGCGUAAGCAGAGGUACCAAAAAUUCGUUUUUGUUGGAAGGAAGUUCUGACCUCACCUCACCGUUUGUCAACGGAGGAGUUAGCAAACAGCACUCGUUCUCUGGCAGCAUCGCAUCCGAGAGCAUGGACAUGUCCACACAAAAGGAGCUCAGGCCGUUAUCCUCAAAGAACUUUUCCAGUAAGACUCUAAAGCGAACCAGGAAGUUUGUCGUUGACGGCGUGGAGGUCAGUGUGACUACCUCCAAGGUCAUCCGAGAGGAUGAGAAGAAAGAAGAAGAGAUGAGGUUCUUGAGACGACAGGAGCUGCGUGAGCUCCGUCUGAUGCAGAAGGAGGAGCAGCGCGCUCAAGCCGAACUGAACGCCAAGCUAGAAGUCCAGAAAGAACAAAUGCAAAAGCGCUACGACCAGGAAAUGAAUACCAAGAAGAGGUUUUAUGAUACUGAGCUUGAAAACCUGGAGAAGCAUCAGAAACAAACUAUUGAGAAAAUGGAAUCCGACCACAAUGUUAAACUCAAGGAUGAGACCAAACGCAUCAAGUCUGAGCAAGAACGAGAGUACCGCAAGUUCCAGGAACACCUGAAACAGAAAAAAAAGGAGGUCAAACAAUUUGUAGGUAGUUUGCCGAGAAACACUCGAAAAGAAUCCUUGAGACAGAGCAUGUCUGAAUUCCAAGAAAAGAAGAAGAUGGAUGAAGAAGAAUUUUUGACAAAGCAGAAAGAAUAUCUGGACAGCAGAUUGAAGGAGAUUGUUAACAACAACAAGCGAGAGAUUGCAGAGAUGGAGAGGGAUUGCCUUAACAAGAAGCAACAACUUAUCAGAGAACGCGAAGCUACGAUUUGGGACAUGGAGGAGAAAUUUUAUCAUGAAAGACACCAGUUGCUUAAGCAACAGUUGAAGGACCAGUACUUCCUCCAGAGGCAUCAGCUUUUGAAGAAGCACGAGAUGGAGCAGAACCACAUGCAGUGCUACAACCAGCGAAUGAUUGAGCUCCUCAAAGCGGGUCAGCAGCAGGAGAAGAGCCGCCUGCCGAAGAUUCAGCGUGGGGAGGCGAAGACCCGCAUGGCCAUGUUUAAAAAGAGCCUUCGCAUUAACUCAACGGGCAGUCCUGCAGAAGACCGAGAGAAAAUCAAGCAGUUUGCUCAGCAGGAGGAAAAACGGCAGAAGGUUGAACGGCACAAUCAGCAGCAGAAACACGAGAACCAGAUGAGGGAGAUGAUCGCUCAGUGUGACGGGAACAUGAGAGAGCUGCAGCAGAUGCAGAAUGAGAAGUGCCACCUGCUGGUAGAGAAUGAGACUCAGAGGCUCAAGCAUCUGGAUGAGCAGCAAAACCAGCUGUUGAAGGAAUGGAAGGAUCAGCUUAAGCCCAGAAAGAAGGCUCUUGAAGAUGAACUCAACGCCAAGAAAAAGGAGCAGGAGGCUUUCUUCGGGAUAAGUGAGAGUAUGGAAUUCAACUCUUCCCUCAGACUUUCCAAGUUUGUGCCUUACCAGGACUCUUCAACCACAUGAACACACGUGCCGAAAUGAUGCCUGUGAAGCACGCGGACACGCGUGUUACACUUUUUUGCUGCCUCAGUUUUCGUUUGGUCUAUCAGUAAUUGCUCUCCCUCCAUUAGAUUUCUUUAUUCUUUUAGUGAGUAUUUAUGUUUUAACUCAUGUUUUAACAUGACCGGCUUAUUUUGUGUUAGAUUUCCUCCAUUUAGUACCUUUUUUUUUAAAUAUUAAUAAUUUCUGCUCAUCUUUGGAUCUUAAUCCCCACCAGUGAUUGACAAGAACAUAGAACACAGGAAUUUAUAUAGAUAAAUUAAGGUGUAGAAUUACACCUUUAAAUAGGUCAUAUUGAGGGAAAAUAUGUGCCUUAUGGAUGGUGCAAUGUUGUGAUUUAUUUUUUGAGCACUUUUUUGUUUUCCUAUUAUAAAAUCAAUUUAUUAAAAUGAAACUUUUCCAAAAAUUGAAGCCGUGCUCAAUUUUUAUGCUUUAGUUUUCACUUUAAACCUUUUUUUUUUUUUUAAUGAAGACAAUUAUUCUGAUUGCCACAAACAGUGCUGCCAAAGUAUAUUUAUUUUUAAUGAAAAACACCAUCCAUAUUAAACCCUGAAAAGUCCUUUCUCUGUUAAUGGUAUAAAUUACAUGUUGUGAAACUGAGACAAAACUAUUAGAAUUUAAGAUUUUUUUCUUAAUUAUGAUUAUUCAGAAAUGGAUUCCUUUUCUUUUGUAUGUGUAAUUGAAUGCAUCUGUGGUGUCUUACUGUAAAAUCUGUCACACUGGAUGGGAACUGACAAAGCCAAACAACAAAAAAAAGUUUUUGUUUAAAGUAUGUUGUAUGUGGGUUUAUUGUGUAUUAAAAGUACGACAGGUAUAGGAAGCGCAGUAAAUGAACUGACGGCUAACUAAUGUGCAAUAUGUAUGUAUAUCUCUGCUAAGCUUAGAGGUUCUUUUCCCAAAACUUUACCUUUUCUUUGCACUGAUAGAGGGAAAUAUAUUGAAGUGUUGGAUUACAAAUAAGAAUUUAUUGGAGGAUUUUUUUUUGUAUAUAUAAUUAUUAUUCCAGGACCUAAAAAGCAAGCAAUAAUUUGGUCAUUUAAUUUUGGAAAAUUAAUUUCUUCGAAAUGUUUUAAUUUAGUCUGCUGCAAAAGGCCUCUGGUGGUUUAAUCUUUAACAAACCUUUUGCAUUUUUGAGUGAGGAAAAACCUAACAUUUACACUGAACUGGGUCUAGUUUAACUUCUUUUCCCUUUCUAAGAAUUAUUUAAGUUAAGGGUGAAUAAAUAUUUUUUGGCCAUUUUAAUGGCUUCAUCUCUCGUCUUCUCUGCCUCAGUUUACACAACGUUUGAGUGGAUGAACUGUGUAAAUGAAACUGUAUUGGAAGGAACCACUGAUGUAAAUAAGUCAUAAUAAAAUUCAAAUUUUCUAAUGCU